CGCAAUGUUUAUAGUAAAUAAAGAUAAGUGUAGAAAAGCUGUAAGAAGCAAAUAUGUAUUUAUUUAGUAGAAGAAAAUGACUAUUAUUAAUUAAAUAUUUAAAUUUUUUACUAUGAGGUAGCCAUUCAAUGAUGAUAUUAAUCAUAUUUUUCCACGUCUGUAUAUAAAUAUCAAAUAAGUUAACAAACAUGAAUAGUGUCAAAUUGGAGGUGCAAUGGUCUCCAAUUCAUUCAAACAAAUUCAUCACUUGGGGCACUGAAAUAUGUCUCUAUGAAAUCGCUCAAAUUAAGGAUACAGUCAGACCUUCGUGUAUUAAGGUUUCGGAUACAACCGUUGCACAUCUUCUCGCAACUAAUACCAGUCAUCACUAUGUCAAAUGUGUCGACAUUUACCCCGUCCCAGAACCAGAUAUUUUAUUAGCUGUUGGACAGGCAAAUGGAAAAGUAAUUCUUACUACGUUUGGCCCUACAGCUUUCGAUUCUUUAGGUCUAACUGGAAAGGAACUUGUUCCAAAGCAUGCUAGACAAUGCAACGCAGUUGCUUGGAAUCCAGUCGACUCAAAUUUGAUAGUUUCUGGAUUAGAGAAAUAUCGCACAGAUCAAUCUUUACUUCUGUGGGAUGUUAUGAAAAGUCCGUCAAGUUCAGAACGAACACAUCAUUACAAUGCUAGUCAAACUGAAUCAGUCAGACCACUGGCUGAGGCUGGUGUUUCUGAAACAAUUAAUUCUCUUGCGUGGUUUAAUAAUGAACCCAAGUGUUUGGUUGCUGGUGUUAAUAACAAACAAUUGAAAAUUAUAGAUUUUAGAGAUCCAGUAAAAAUUGCAAAUACAACGCCAACCAAAGCAGUUUACAGCUUAGCAGUUAAUCCACACAAUGAUUUUCAUUUGGUAUCACAUAUUGAUAAUCAAAUCACUAUUUGGGAUACAAGAUAUUUUGAAAAACCAGUUUUGACACUAUCUCAGGCGCGACCAGUUACUAAAGUACUAUGGUGCCCCACAAGACACAAUUUACUGGGUUCAUUGCAAAAAGAUUCAGCCUCUCUGUAUCUUCAUGACAUUCAACAUUAUGGAGGUGGUGGAGAAGACACAGAGCCAGGAGCACUGGAAAGAACAAUAGCUCCACCAUGGUCCUUGGCUUCAAACCCUACUAGUUUCUCAUGGCAUCCUACACAUGUAAAUAGAUUAUUAGCUAUUUCCCAACAAGGUUUGACUGAUUAUACUGUGUAUGAGAGAAUAACUUUGAACUGGUCAACAAGGUCUCAUCUGGUAUGGAAUCAUGCUUCAAAGUCUUUCAAAUAUAUUUGCAGCAAUGAUCAUACUUACAAAGCACUUGGUGAUAUUUCAAUAUCAACUAAAAGUAGAGCAUUAGCUGAAUAUGGUUUAUUGCCUGAACUAUCACAAAAUGGUGAACUUGCUGAUGAUGAAACAUUAAAAAAUCUAUGGCAAUGGUUGUAUCUUAGUCGUUCUUUAGUGGAAGAUGGAACAAUACCUAGUCCUGACAAUAAACAUCCUGGUGUUAAAACUGUUUUAAAGUUAGAGGGGCAAAACUCUAAUAGUGGUUUUACAAAAUCUGAAGUUGUACAUAGACCAUGGACAGAUAUUGGCUCUAACCAUACAGCUAAAACUUACAGAUCUCCAGAUCGUGACAAAGCUUUGCAACUCUGUGGCUGGCGAUUUGAAAAAGAUACAAAUGCUCCGUACAAUAAUUUAUUUUUAGAAAGACUGGAGAGGGAGGGAGCAUAUCCUAGAGCAACCGCAAUAGCAGUCUUUAAUUUAUGUUUAAGACAGGCAAUAGAAAUCUUAAAUAGGGGAGCAAAUAAAAUGUCUCUAGCAACAAAUUUAAACAUUGUUGCAAUGGCAUUAUCUGGCUUUUCAGAGGACAAGAAUAGUAUGUGGAGAGAAUUAUGUUUAAAAUCGCGAUCUCAGCUGUCAGACCCUUAUCUAAGAGCCACAUUUGCUUUUCUGACUGCUGACAAUGAUUCUUAUGAGAGUGUGCUUAAUGAAAAUGGAAUGGCUGUAGAAGAUAGAGUGGCAUUUGCAUUGAUGUACUUGUCAGAUUCUAAAUUAUACGAUUACUUGAAAAAAUUAUCUCAAAAACUAUGUGAUGAAGGAAAUCUGGAUGGAUUUUUACUCACAGGAGCAAGUUUAGAAGGUAUACAACUACUUAAUAGACAUUUGGAAAUUACUGGAGAUGUGCAAAGUUGUAGUUUGAUUGCUAUAAGAGCUUUGUCUCCAAAAUUGUUACAAGAAAAUCAAGUUCAAAUUUGGAUUGAAAGUUAUAGAAACUUACUGGAUGCUUGGAAAAUGUGGAAUCAAAGAGCGCAUUUUGAUAUUGCAAUGAGAGCAUCAGCAAAUGAAAAACCACCUCAACAAAUGUAUAUUUCUUGUAACUUUUGUGGUAAAAGUAUAUCUGCAUUUAUGCAAGGCCUUUGCAGAGCAAAGGGACCAUUUGGAAGAUUAGGAAGUACAUCAAAUAAAUUGAAGAUGUCAGCCUGUCCUAGUUGUCGAAAGCCUUUACCUCGAUGUGCCAUUUGUCUAAUGCACAUGGGAACCGUUAGUGGUCUGCAAGUGACUUCUGGAUCAAGUAGAAAUGAAGAAGAGAGUAAACUAACAGAAUUUAGUAAUUGGUUUACAUGGUGUCAAACAUGUAGACAUGGUGGCCAUGCAAAUCAUAUUACCCACUGGUUUCAACAACAUUCAGAAUGUCCAGUGACCUCAUGUACAUGUCGAUGCUUCUCAUUAGAUGCAUCUUGUAAAGUAGGUGUAGGGGUUGUAUAAAUAUAUUGUACACAAUUGUAAGAAUGUUUUCUGAAAAAUCUAUCUCAUUGAUAUUAACCUAUUCCUUGUUAAUAAAUUUUAUAACAAUAAUUUUAUUAACGCCAGCA